AUGGUGGCUGAUAUGUUUGACUCUCCGGUAGCAGUGGCAAUUUGGGACUUGUUUUUCAAUAUUCGUUCCAAUGAAAUCGAAGACUACUUUUUGACAGCGUUCAGGUUUUUAACCAUGAAAACUGAAGCUGCUGAGUGCAACGUGAGGCGACGAGAUGUCAAAGAGUGGUUGAACAAGGUCCAAGAUGCUGUUUAUCGUACUGAGGAUUUCGUGGAUAAGAUCCGCAUUGAAGCUUUGAAUGACAGGUUGGAUGCUACAUCUCAGACCAAGAAAAUUACGCUGCACAAGAUCCAUUUUCGGCCUAUGUGGGUGAGUAAUCUUCCAUUUUGGCCCAAGCAGAAACUGAGUCAAAAAGGGGAUCCAAAGAGAGACCAACGAAAUUUGUGGAAUGGCAUGUAUCAAGAGCAUUUGCAGAAUGACAUAGAUCGGUAUAAAAGGUUAUCCACGUUUUUUGUAGCUGACUCUGAAGUAUUCCGUAGGGAUCGUGAUGAAGAAGCAAUUAUUGAACUAUUGCUGUCAGAUGAUGGAAGCGGUGAACGGUUGUCUGUGAUUCCUAUAGUGGCCGAGGGUGGCAUGGGAAAGAUCACUCUUGCUCGCCGUGUUUAUGACAAUCACAGGGCAACAAAAGCAAUCGUUGAGUCGUUCACUUCACAGUCUUGUGAUCUCGAGGAAUUAAAUUCGCUCCAACAUAGACUGUGUGAGAUUCUCAAGAACAAGAAAUUUUUAAUUGUUCUAGAUGAUGUGUUGGUUGAGAAUUAUGUCUCGUGGAGUCAGUUGCUAAAUCCUUUUAUAGAUGCUGCUGCAAAGGGAAGUUUUAUUGUAACUACACCCUAUCAAGCGGUUGAGUCAACCAUGCGCACCAAGGCUGACAAUCCUCUUCGUAUCACUGCUUAUUAUUUGAAGCCAUUAUCAGAUGAAGAAUGUUGGUCGAUAUUUGUAAAAUAUGCUUUUGGAGACAAACGCCGUAAUUCAGAUCCAGAACUAGAAGAUAUUGGCAGAAAAUUUGUGCGCAAGUGUUACGGCGUGCCUUUAGCAGUAAGAACACUUGGUGCGUUAUUGUUUAAUAGAGUGGAAGCAAAUAUCGGUGGGCUAGUUCUGGGCUGGCGCACUAAACUAGACCGGUUAAUGCGUUAUCCUUCUCCAAGUGAAAUGAGUGACUUUCGCCUUGUAUUAAGAUUAAGCUAUGAUCAUCUUCCUCCACGCCUAAAGCGAUGCUUUGCAUAUUGUUCAAUUUUUCCUAGGGGUUAUGAAUUUGAGAAAGAAAAGUUAAUCCUCUUAUGGAUGGCUGAGGGUCUUCUGCCACAGAUCGAAGGAAGCCCCACAACAGAAGAGGUAGGUGAUUACUACUUUCAUGAAUUAUUACACAGAUCUUUUUUUCUAAGAUCAAGUGGCAAUGAAUCACAUUUUGUGAUCCAUAAUCUUAUGAAAGAUCUGGCUAUUGCUGUUUUUGAGGAAUUUCGCUUCAAACUGGGGAAUAAUUCCUUUUCCCAUAUCUCCGGAAGGACCCGCUACUUGUUACUUUUAGGUAAAUACGAUCCCUCAAUGAUAUUUGAGGCCAUUGAUAAAGCCAAGUUUUUAAGGACCUUUUUGCCACUCGAUCAUGCAUCAUGCCAUUUAACUAGUAACGAACUGCGGGAUCUGUUGCCCAAGCUGCAAUUCUUGCGAGUGCUUUCUUUAUCUCAUUAUGAUAUCACUAAGCUACCUGAUUCAAUUGGCGAUUUGAAACAUCUUAGGUACAUGGAUCUCUCUCACACUGCAAUUAGGAGAUUACCUGAAUCAGUUUGUGCUCUACGCAAAUUACAAACAUUGAUAUUAUCGCAUUGUCGAACUCUUACUGAAUUGCCUGAAAACAUGUGGAAACUUUCUGACUUAUGCCAUCUUGAUAUUAGUGGAACUGACUUAUAUGAGAUGCCAGAAGAAAUGGGCAGAUUAAAAAAUCUUCAGACACUUUCUUACUUUAUUGUGGGCAAAGAAAGUGGCUCAACAAUUAAAGAGUUGGGGGGCCUUCUUCUUAUUGGAUCACCAGUAAUUGCUUAG